AUGAAGUUGACCACGGCAGCUACUCUUCUGGCGCUGCUCCCGUCUUUGGGAGCAGCUGGCAAGGACCGCAGACCACAGGUCAAGUCUCACAAGCUCCAGAAGCUCAUUACUGAGAAGGGUUUGAUGAGGAAUCUGCAAAAGCUCAAUGACAUUGCCUACGCCAAUGGCGGAAACCGCGCUUUUGGUCUUCCUGGAUAUGACGCAUCUGUCGAUUUCAUUUACAAGGAGCUUAGGAAGCUCAAGGGUUUCAAGGCGUGGAAGGAGGAUUUCCCUGCCCUCUAUACCGACACCACCGCGGCGGAGGUCACAGUCGAUGAUGAGACGUUCCGCACCGUCGCCCUGACCUACACACCCAGCACUCCCGAGGAAGGUAUCACGGGAGAGCUAGUUCACGGACCCGAGGGCGAAGCUGGAUGUUCGGCCGACAACUACGAAGGCCUCGGUGCAGAUGGCAAGAUUGUCCUUGUUGAGCGCGGUCGUUGCCCUGAUGCCACAACCUUUGCUGGAAAGUUGAAGGCUGCUGCCAAGGCUGGUGCCGUUGCUGUUGUUCUCUACAACUCUGAUCCUGCCAAGCUCACCGCUGGAUCCCUCUCAACUCCCAACCCUGAUGAAUAUGUUCCCGCGGCUCUCAUCGACCAAGAGCCGGGACAGGCGUUGAAGGCCCGACUUGCGGCGGGAGAGACAGUCGAGGCUUACGUCCAGAUUCAACAGCUCAUUGAGGAGCGCAUCACGCAGAAUGUGUUUGCUGAGACCAAGGGAGGUGAUGCCACCAACGUGGUUAUGCUUGGAGCCCAUCUCGAUUCCGUCAAGGCCGGCCCCGGUAUCAACGAUGAUGGAUCGGGUACUUCUCUUAUCCUCGAGGUUGCCAAGGGUCUGCAGCACUUUUCUACCAACCUCAAGGUCCGAUUCGGCUGGUGGGGAGCAGAGGAGAACGGCCUGUGGGGAAGCAAGGCAUAUGUCAACAGUCUGACUCCCCAAGAGGUCGACAAGCUUCUCGUCUACCUCAACUUUGACAUGGUUUCGCGCGGUUUCUAUGGAGUCUUCGAUGGUACCGGCGAGAAGAUUGGCCCUGGUGGUCCUCCUGGAUCCGAUGUGGUUGAGGACCUUUUCGUGGAGCACUUCACUUCCAAGGGCAUCGAGGUUACUCCCGUUGGUCUCACUGGUGGCACUGACUACGUUCCUUUCCUCGAAGUCAUCAAGAAGCCCGUUGGCGGUCUCUUCACCGGCACCGGAGCGGAGCAGGAUGCAUGCUACCACCAAGCCUGCGACAACAUCACCAACCCAGUUCCCGAGACAAUCACCAUCAACGCCAAGGCGGCAGCCCAUGUGCUCAGCAUCCUUGCAGUUGACGGUAAGGACCUGAUCCCAAAGACUCCUUCCAACGCUACCACGGCGUCCAUCAAGAGAGUGCGGGACGCUGCUUCACUUCACGAGCAUGACUUUACGGCAGUUUUGGGCAAGUUCUGCGAUCAUGAUUUGAUUUAA